CCCGAUUUGGUAUCAUAGAAGACUCUUGAGGAAAGAAACCUGUUGGACAAGAUGCCUGAGACAAAUAAUGAAUGACGUCAUGCAGUGACUCUGAGACCUGGGAGGAUUUCAUGUUUUUGGUUGUCGGUCAGCAUUCAAAGGACUCUGCAUGUGCAGGUGACCUCACAAUGGAAUUUGCUUGUGGGUUUGUUUAUGUGCCACCAUCAGUGACUCAGAAGGACAAUGCCAAUGUAUUUAAACGCUCAGCUCUUCUCCCUCCUGUUAACCGGAUCCGUCCUCGCAUUCCUCCUCCCCCUCCUCCAACAAGCUCUGCAGAAGCCAAAUCACCGAAAUCCCACCCAUCUCCCCCCAAGAUUAUUGAACAGUUGGAAAAGAGCAAGGGGGUGAAGAAGGUUGUGAAGCCCACUUCCUUCUAUGAAAAUGCAGAAUUUCACAAUAAACUGGAGACAGCUUCUUCCAUCAGUAUAACCCCUCAGCAGACAGCACCUCCUCGAAAAACAGCUCUUCUUCCACCACACAUGAGACCUGCAGCAAACAGCCAGUCCCCUUGCCAGCCACUUCCUUCCCCCAACACCAACAGUCAGACAUUCACCUAUGACCUCCCUAAAAGUGAACCAGAUUUAAAUGCACAACCAUGGGAUCCAAACUACUCAUACACUACACCAGAAGGCACGGGGGUCCAGUUGAAGCUGCCAGCUGAUACUAGCAGCGUGUCGGCCCAGAUAUCAGCCCCACCCCUUCCUCCGAGACCUUCAUUUAUGAAGUCAAUGCCAGAUUACCUGGUUCUGUUACCAGCAUCCCACUCAUCUCCCUCAUCAUCUCAGAAAUCCCUUUCAGACCCGUCAUGUGUCCCAUCACCUACUGGUAAAGGAUCAGCAGAUAAGGGGCUUCUGCCAGGGAAUCCUAAUGUGGUCCUCGUCAGUUUAGGGAAAUUACUCUCAGAGGAAAGAGUGCAGACCAUACAAGGAGAACCCGCCUCCUGUUCCCAGUGUGGCUCUGUGCUGGACUCCUCCUACGACAAUGUGGUUGAUGUGUGUUACUUCUGUCAGCGCUCGGAGUUGACCAGCUCUCCCAGUAUACCACAGUGUCCUCUAAGUGGUCACCAUGAUGGUCUCUUCUUGCUCUAUCCUAAUGAAAAGCCCAUGUGUGCUGCUGACGCUCUGCUGAUCUUCUGCAUCGACAUCUCAGGCUCCAUGAGCAUCACCUCCCAGGUCUCAGAGGGAGAGCAUGUUGUCCACAGAUCCCGUCUUCAGUUUGUCCAGGAAGCCGUGUUGCAGUGUGUUCAGAGACUAAGUGAACAACAGCCUGACAUACGAGUGGGACUCAUCACCUUCAACAAUGAGGUGACAAUGCAUGGAUAUGAGAAUUUCACGUCACAUUUCCUGAGUGGUGCUGAGUUGACUAACAGCGACCAUCUGAAAGAGGCUGCAGCCAGUUUCCCCAGUCCACCUCCACUCUCACAGACCAGGGACUACUUACAGAGACAAGUUAUGGGAUUAUCUGAAAGUGGGACUACAGCUCUCGGUCCAGCUGCCCUCCUGGCGAUUGCAAUGGCCUCCAGACAGCCAGGGUCCAGGGUGAUUAUCUGUACAGAUGGAAAGGCUAACACAGAGUUGGGGAAUCUGGAGGUAGAGGAUAAUGAUGCUCACACCCUCCUCACAUCCACCAUCUUUUACCAGGAGCUGGGGGAAUAUGCUGCCAGUCACGGUGUGACAGUGUCUGUGCUGGCCAUAGAGGGAACAUACUGCAGGCUGGAUGAGCUGGGAAGACUCGCUGAUCGCACUGGAGGCAAAGUGGUGAUAGCAAGUGUCAAAAGAUUGCACCCAGAGUUUGAACAGAUCAUUGAGAACAGGACCAUAGCUACAAAUUGUACUGUCACAUUACUGCUGCCCCAGUCACUGAGUAUGAGAGGAGAGAGGGAAGCAGGACACAAAGGGACCAGAGAGGUUGGGAACGUGGACCCAGAUACAGAGAUCACCUUCCAGUUUGGAGCCAAUGAACAGGGCGCAGAAGUGUCAGCGCCAGCCUCUGGUAGCCGUGUGUCCAUCCAGCUGCAGAUGAGGUACAGGCAGAGGAACGGACAGAUGAUGCUCAGAGUGAUCACUGUGGAUCGAGAUGUUACUGAUGACAGCUCGGCGGCUCUGUCCUCACUGUCUCUGGCCAUCAUUCAGCUCAACUCGUCACAGGCCAGCGCCACUCUGGCUGUCAGAGGCCGCUUCCUCGACGCCAGGAGAGAAGGAGAGCUGCAGAAGAAGCUGAUCGAGAGAGCAAUAGAGCAUAAUCGCAGUGCAGAUGACAAACAGACAUACCAAGACUGGGUUAAAACCAUGGAGCCAAUAUACAACAACAUACAUAACUUCCCAAGGUCUCUAACAGACGCUGGUGCAGCACUGCUCUACACUAUGAAGCACAGCAACAGGAAGUCCAUCUCACUGAAGAAUAAACAUAAACUCUAGCCAACUGUCAGCCUCCACCUUUCACCUCGUUGGAAGCAACUCAAGUCAUGAAUGACAAGAAUAAAUGCUGCAGUUUGUAUUUGAUUAUCUGGCUGAAUAAAUAUCCAUCAAAUAUUUCGCAAUGUAAAUACCAUAAUACAAAUAUGUAUUACAGCAUAUCAACAUAAAAUAUGGUAUCAUAAAGAAUCUAAGUUCUCAGAA